UUUAUGCAUUUCGUUUUUGUUCUACCCAAUUGGAAUGCAAAUAUUCCGAGAAAUUUUCGUGGCAUGAUUAAGGAUUGUGACGAUCGAGCGUUGAGGAAGUCAUGCGACCAGAACAACACAUGGGUGGGUGGCUUCGAUAAGGGCAUCGGUUAUCAUCAACCAUUGUACGUUCAGUGUUGUGAGUCUGAUGAACUUCUGAAGUAUUCGACGGCGCUUUACAGUGGCGUUGUUGUUCGACCGGGUGAAUACUUUGAAGGUGAAGAGCAGGUGGAUCCAGCCACCGAAGAACUGGUUUCAUUCGAUAUAAUUACGAAUUUGAAGUUAAUCCAUGAUCCGAACACAACGUGA